AUGGCAGCAGCAGCGGUGGACAGUGUGGCAAGGCUUUACAAAGACCUAGAGAAGACGUACAUUGGGGCGGUGGACGACGUGGAGAAGGCGGCAGAGGAGGCGGUUGCGAGCGUGACGUUUCCGAUUUUCAGCUUCUCCCAGGGGCAGCUCACUCCCGCCCAGUGCUGGAAAAUCAUGGUAACCUGUGUUUUUUUCUUCCCGUAUUUGCUGAAGCCAGCAUCUCCAUCCUAUGCCUGUCCUGUACGCAAGAAGAACACCAGGCGCCGCAGAUGUAACAAGUGUAAGGGUUGUUUGAUGGAGGACUGUGGCAGGUGCUGCGACUGUCAGAGAAAGCGCAUCUGCAAGAAGAGAAAAUGUUUGGAUCCUGUAUUCUCGCAAGGUGCCCGAUGCCUGAUCUGUACCCAGACUGGCGCGGUGGCAGCCCUGAGUGAGUGUAGCACCUGUGGUGAGAUCCUGCACCCGCGCUGUGUGGCUGUGUUAGGGGAGAGGGGUUCCACCAAGGAUGACAGGACACAGCAGACAUGGGAGUGUCCCAAAUGUUGUCAGGGGAAGAUUGCACACACAAAGGGUAGGGUGUACUCAGGCCCACUGCCCACCCUGCUGGAGAACAGUGUCCUGUUAGCGGGCUUCACCGACUACCUGGCCCGCAACUCUUGGGCCCUGGGGCUGUGUGAUGCAGGCUCCCUGGGGUGGGGCAGUGACCCAGAGGACAUACUCAGGCAGCUGGCUGGGAUAUGGGUGGAGCAUCUCCCCAUUGCCAAGAAAGGCCUGUCAGAUGAAGAUUUUGAAGGCCUGGUGGUGAGUCUGGAGGACUGUGUGGCAGUGCUGGAGUGGUAUGGACUGAACCAUGGCAUGUUUGAUGGUCUAGUGCCUCUGGCCAGGAGGAUGGUGGGGAAGGAGGUCAAGAGUGGUUACUGGAAAGAGGAAGAUCCGUACCUCGUAGAGAAGCCGGAGUUUCUAAAAAGGAAGCGGCGCAACAGGAAGAGUCAGUCCACUGCAAACAAGAGCCCAAGGUCUGACUCAGAUGGCAGUCCUGUGGAGAACAGCCCACUGCUCAGGCUUCUGACUUCAGACAGCAGUUCUACAAACAGUAGCCCUGUAGGACCUGCAUCUGAUGUCUGCUCACCAGAAACCUCUACCGACAGCACAUCCAAGAACAGCCCGUCUUACAGCCAAGCUGCAGACAAGGCAAUCAGCCUUCCAACAGUCCAAGUUGAGGAGAAGCAGACUGAAGAUGGAGUAAGAGAUGGCACGGCAGAGAAGCCUGACUGUGUACCACUUAUUGACCUCAGCAACAGCCCAGAGAGGGACCCAUUGCCACAGACAAGCAGAAAGUCAGACAGUGCCUUCCCCUCCACUUGGUACUUUGACGACAGUGACAGUGAUGACUACCUCCCUACACCUCCUAGGUGCCUGUCACCUCAGCCAGCCAACCAGACUGACAGGAACUUCUCAGAGUCCCCUCAGCUGUCCUGGAAGGGGCCCAGAGAAAAUGGCACUGAAACAGCAAGAACACAGGGAACGGAGCAGGCAGGCGACUACAUCAAUGAUACACUGGAUGUCAUGUUUAAGCAUGCUCAUUCAACACUGGAUGUCAUGUUUGAGCAUGCUCAUUCAAGUCUCCACAGUACACCAGGAUCCACGAUGAUGUCAGCCCAGAACUCAACUGCAGAUGACUUUGUUAACGUCAUCAACAAGAAGUUUGAAGACCAUUUUUCAGCAAAUGUAUCGAUGGAAGACCAAUAUCAAGAGUUUCCUCCAUUCUCGAACUCUACUACUAGUGCCCCAUCUAAGCGUAUGCACCGAAGACAGGCAAUGUUACGUGGAAGUCCACAGGCAGGGUUUGAAGUCAGGCAGCAGGCCACAUGUCCUUGUUUUUUCUGCACAUCAGGUACAGCAGCCACCACCCAAUCUCUUCCAAAUAGGCAACCUACCUUUCCUCAGCAGAAGCAGCCAAGUCGCUGGAACCCACCGACCAACAAGCCACCACCAGCAAGAAGUGCAACAAGAUACAGCUCCCGCUGUCGCUGUGCAGCAUACAGUAGGCCAAAAGUCCAACCCCAAAAUGAGCAACAUGCAAACAAGAUGCGCCGCACUGCCCCAUCUAUGAGCCACCCACAACCAGGAAGGAGUAGGCAAAACCCUGUAGCAAACAUCCCUCCAGUCAGAUCUUACCCUCCCUCCUGGCCUGCCACCAACCAACAGAUGCAGCCAGUCACCAACAGGAGUGGUGUGGCGUCCUAUCGUCAGGGAAGUCGUGAGAAUCAUGACGGAUCAUGGUUUGAUGUGGACUCAACCCAGCCAAUGCCGACAGCUUACCGUGCCACUGUCCACGUGAGCGUGGCCCCACCCGAAACAGCAGACAACCCUGUGGACUUUGGAUGGAAGGUGCAGAGUCACCCAGGACAGCCACUUGUGGACAAAAACAGAUACUUUCCCUCUGCCAGACACGGAGGAAGGAGGAAACAGAUGGAGGACAUUCAAAGCUACAGUUAUGGCCUGUAGACAAUUAAGGUGUGUCUUCCAUUGGUGAAGCAGUUUGUAAGGUCCCAAGGGAAAUGGUUAUCAUCAGGCAUAUGGUGGCAUUUCUAUCCACAGAUUGCAUGCUUUUAUAUAUUUUAUAAUAGACUUAUGUUGUAGCUAGAAGUGUUGUUCUUCUUUUUUAUUAUGGUGUAGCUAGUAGUAUUGUUCAUCGUUUGUAACCAUUUUGAUAUUCAGUCAGGUUUCUGUGCCGGACAAUGCAACAAUAGUUGCAGAUACAUUGUACUGCUUAUUUCUACCACUCGUUUGGUAGCAUUUUAACCCGGUUUUAAUGUUGGCGUUUAUUGACUAACUUAAGUGCACUAUUCGAGAGAACACCAUCACUCUUGUCAGAAGAUAUCUACUACUUUGAGAGUACAAUUUCAUUAUAAUUUCAAACUUUGAUCAAUCUUGAAGAAAAAUUGUAAAACUAUACAGGCUCCACAAAGCAUGAAGGCAAGUGAAAUUCAAAAUUCUUGUCUUUUUCAACGUACUAUUUCCAUAAAAUGACAAAUGCAAUAUCCUUCAAAUUAUACUUAUAGUUACUUCUGUUCAUAAGGCAUUUCUUCUAAUUUAGAUAUUUUGUUUCAAAUCUAAAUAUUGAAGUAGUCUUUAGAUAACCAAGUUUUGUUUAACAGAGAAAUCCAGGUCUAUGAGUCAGAUUUUAUAGAAAAUACUUCUACCAAAGUAGGCUACAGAAAUUAAAGCUGAUCAUGACCAUC